GCGUCCUCGUGACCUUUGACAUAUAUGGGCAUGUCGGCAUGACAACAGGUGACGUCAGCAGUCUAAAAACAGCCUGGUCAGCCUGCAGUCUGCGGGCCUCGGCUCCGCUUCUUCUUCUUCUCUUCUUCUCUUAUUCUUCACUUUCUUAACUUUUCCUCGCCUACUACUAACGGUCCCGGUGCGUACCGGUGACGGCGGUCUCCCCGGGACUCCUCGCGCCCCGACCCGGUCCGGUCCGGACCCCCCAACAUGGAGAGUCUGGAGAAACAGCUGAUCUGUCCCAUCUGCCUGGAGGUGUUCACCAAGCCGGUGGUGAUCCUGCCCUGCCAGCACAACCUGUGCAGGAAGUGUGCCAACGACGUGUUCCAGGCGUCCAAUCCCUACAUGACGUCGAGGAGCGGCGCCACGGUGACGUCCGGCGGGCGGUUCCGCUGCCCGUCCUGCCGCCAUGAGGUGGUCCUGGAUCGCCACGGCGUCUACGGGCUGCAGAGGAACCUGCUGGUGGAGAACAUCAUAGACAUGUACAAGCAGGGGAGCAGCAGCAGACCUGUCCCGGAGGACAAGGUCCAGCCGAUGUGUGAGUCCCACUCCGAGGAGAAGAUCAACAUCUACUGUGUGAGCUGCAGCGUCCCCACCUGCUCGCUCUGCAAAGUCUUCGGGGGACACAGGGACUGCGAGGUUGCGCCGCUGGACGCCGUCUUCCACACGCAGAAGGCUGAGCUGACUGACUGUAUCUCAAUGCUGGUUGGGAACAACGAGAGAACUCAGGCCAUCAUCAGUCAGCUGGAGCAGACCUGCACAACGGUGGAC